AUGCCUCCUGCCGCGGACCUGGGCCGGGCUCUGUGCGUCAUCACCGGGGCCUCCAGAGGCUUCGGCCGGGCCGUGGCCCUGGACCUGUGCCGGCUGGUUCAGCCCGGUUCGGCGCUGGUUCUGGUGGCCCGCUCCGGGGCCGACCUGCGGGCCGUCCAGGCCGAGCUGACCGAGUCCGAGGCGGGCCGAGCCGGCCUGAAGGUGGAGGUGGUGGCGGCGGAUGUAGGGAAGGUGGAGAGUCUGGAGAACAUCAUGAGAACCAGCAGAGAAAUUUUUAACGACGAGAUGGAGAAAAUUAUACUGAUUAAUAACGCAGCCUCUCUGGGCGACGUCUCCAAGUUCGUGAAGGGAUUCACGGACAUGGCCGAGGUGGACGCCUACCUGUCGCUGAACGUCAGCUCCGCCAUGUGCCUGACGGCGCGGCUGCUGCAGGCCUUCCCGCCGCACGCCGGGCUGCGGCGCUGCGUCAUCAACGUGUCAUCACUCUGCGCCCUGCAGCCGUUCCGCUCCUGGAGCCUUUACUGCACCGGCAAGGCGGCCAGAGACAUGAUGUUCAAGGUCCUGGCCGAGGAGGAGCCGGAGCUGCGCGUGCUCAGCUACUCUCCAGGACCGCUGGACACUGAGAUGCAGGUGGAGGCCCGGACCAGGACGGCCGACCCGAGCAUCAAGAAGACGUUCUCCAACAUGUUCGCUCAGGGUCAGCUGCUGACCUGCGAGGCGUCUUCAGCCAAACUGAUGAAGCUGCUGCUGGAGGACAAGUUCACCUCCGGAGAACACGUCGACGUCUUCGACGUGUAGCAGCCGCUCACUGCCAAGUCGUUUUAUUGUAGCGUCGAUGUUGUGAUGAAACUUUAUAAUUGAUGUAUCUUAAUCUGUCACCGUGGAAACGUCCCAACCUGCAGAUUAGCUGCUGCUCCUUCAGAUUAGCUGUUGCCAGACGUUGGUCACGUCUGACCAGAGGGAGACGGUUCUCCAGUUCUUCAUUUUCAAGUUCAGAACCGCUAAACCGUUCAGAAUCAGUGACUUAGCAAUCGGCAUUGGUAAAUCAGAAUGAGAGAACUGACUAGCGUUAGCUUUGGAGAGGCUAGUGACUAGCAUACCAGAGCUGAUCACAUACUAGCCUACCUUCUGUCUCUGCUGCACAUUAGCCUUGGAUUGGAUAGGAUAGCCUGUUCAAUGCUAACC